AUGGUAGAGGAGGAAGUCAAGGUAGACGUGGAGAUCAAGUCUCCGGCUAAUAAGUUCCACAUGUUCGUUGGAAGAUUACAACAUGUGCCCAAAGCCACUGGCUACGUUCAGGGGUGUGAUUUGCUCGAAGGGGACUGGGGCAUGGUUGGAAGCAUAGUCUUGUGGAAACUAAUUUUUGAUGGAGAGGCAAGAGCGUCGAAAGAUAGGAUCGAGACGAUGGAUUUUGAUAAGAAAGUGAUUCAGUGGAGAGUGUUAGAAGGACCACUGAAGACAAAAUUCAACAGCAUCUUGAAAACAAUGAAGGUGAGCCCUAACCACGGAGGACCAGGAAGUAUGGUGAAGUGGAACGUGAAGUACGAGAGGAUUGAUGAGAAGGUUGCUCACCCUGAGGAUUUGCUCCAGUUCUUGGUCGAAGUGACUAAAGAGGUCGACGGAUACCUCUUAUCUGAGGAAUAA